AUGGCUCAAUUGAUGCUAAACGUGGAACAUUUCGAUCAAGUCGAGGAACUCUUCAAUGGUUUACUCGUUAAUCACUCCAACGAUACGGAUACCACAUUUAUAUAUCACCAGCUUGGAUCUUUGAAGCAACAUCAAAGUAAAUAUCAAGAGGCAGUUACUUUUCACGCAAAAACACUCGCAAUCGAUCGGAGAACAAUUCCAGAAGAUGAUACUUCAUUGGCUCCUGUUUAUGGAACAUUCGCUGCGUUGUACAAUCAAAUGGAUGACUACACGAGAGCACUUGAACUAUACGAAAAAUUGCAUAAAAUAGGAGAACAACGUCUGCCUCCGUGCCAUCAAGAUUUCGCAAACUGCUACUACAACAACAUUGGCGAGGUGUAUAAAAACGUGGGUGAUUACUCGAAAGCAUUUCCUUCUUUAGAAAAGGAGCUUAUUAUUAAACAAAAGUUACUUUCUUCGACACAUUCAGACAUUAAAGAAGCGAUUAAUAGUAUAGAAAUAGUGAAAAAGCAGCGGUGA